CUUGAGGCAUAUUUUAUUUACUAAACACUUGCACUUUUCGCUAGAAGCAAAUUAUAUACCAGUCCGACCAGCACCCAUCUUUUCAACGUCCUGAAUGUUGCGUUUGAGGAUUUUAGUAAUUUUGGUCCUGCUGCUUUUGGUGGCAGACGACACUGAAAGCAGACGACAUCGACGUCAUCAACGUCACCGCAACAGAUGGCGGCAACGGGAUGAAUGGCCCCGAGGCGGACGCUUGGGAUCACAGUGGAGACAUAGAUGGAACUUUCCUUGGUUUGAUUUUGACAUCAAUUUUGACAGCGGCUCAUUCACAACAGAUUGGUGGGAUGGUCCAAAUGUCUGCACACAUAAAGAACGCAAAAAUGGGAACACUUCAACUUCCUUCACCGGCCAUGGUCAAUACUCAUCGUCCGCGAUCACAUGUGAAGACAAGAAGACCGCGUACAUAUGUACCGAAACAUUGACAAGCAAUGGAAAAACUACAAAAGAAAGAGUUACCAAGAGCUGUUGCCACGGUUACACUAGAAGAUCUGGUCAACACGGAUGUCCAAAGUACCAGCAGUUGGAUGACAUCGAAAAAACAGCAGAAUCCUUAAAUUUGACAGAAUUCCUUCGAGCAGCAGAAAGUGUUGGUCUCAAGGAACAACUAAAGGGAACCUUGGACGCAAAUUUCACAAUUUUUGCUCCAACAAACGAGGCUUUCAAAAAAGGACCCAGCUUCGUAUCGUCAUAUGAAAACGUCUUACUUAACGACAUGGGUUCUGUCAUUAGAAUUUCGCCGCCGAUCAGCACAGUCAUUGUGAGCGACGCAUCUGACCUAGUUUUGAGUCACGUGACGGGUGGCAUUCUGACGACCACCACACUGGAGGACGAGCAGACGAUCACAAGUGCCAACUCUAAAUCCUCCACCAUCAGAAUAAACUUUUACGACAUGGUAGACAAUGGGGUUAUGACUGCAAAUUGUAAACGUGUUUUGUCAAGAAACAAUCUGGCCACUAAUGGCGUCAUCCAUGUCGUGGAUGAAGUUUUGCAGCCGGUGACAAAAUCAUUGACGGAUAUCGUCAGCAGCAAUCCCCAACUCAGCUAUCUUAAAACAGCUCUUGGAACAAGUGGGAUUAGUCACGAUCUUCGACUGGAAGGACAGUUUACUCUACUAGCUCCAACAGACAACGCAUUUAGAAAGCUGGAUGGACAACUCUUGAACAGAACACUGACUGACAAACGUUGUCUUAAGAAGAUUAUUAACAACCACCUGCUCCCCAAUGUUAUUUGCUCAUCGGCAGUUAGUGGCUCUCACAAAUCCAAAACCAAGAACAAGCUGUCCAAGUACCUACAGUUGAUGCGUGAUGACAACGACAAGAUUUUUGUGGAAAAGUCGCAGAUAAUCGAUCGCGACAUCAUGGCUAGCAAUGGAGUACUUCACCUUAUUGAUGACGUCAUUAUUCCUGAGGAAGCUUACGCAGUAAUGGAGGUUCUGGAGAAGAGAAAAUUAACUCGACUUUCGGAUUUGAUCAGUGAAGCAGGCCUGAAGAAGUCAUUGGAACAAGCCAAUGAUAUAACUAUUUUAGUUCCCACGAAUGAAGCGUUUUCAAAAAUGUCCGAGUUUGAUCGAGCGAGAUUAAAUGAGUCCAACACGGCGGAUAUCGUAAAAUAUCACGUGAUCAAGGAGCUGUCCAUGUGUCGUGUUGCAGAUGGUCAUCAAUUCUCUACUUGGAACACAAAAAAAACCCUGACUGUCCACAGAAGCCGAUCACUUUAUUAUAGAUUCUUCGAACCUCCCCAAGAAACUAUCCAGUGUUCAUCAAUUGUAAAGUAUGGUAUUCCAAGCUGCAACGCCGUAAUCCAUCUCAUAGAUAAGGUUUUGAUUCCACCAGUCGGUACCGUGGUAGAUGUUCUGGAAGUGGACAAUCGGUUCUCAGAGUUUGUCAAGUUGAUGAAGAAUUCCGGAUUGGCUGACGAGUUACAGCAAAACGGACCGUACACCGUGUUGGCGCCCACAAAUGAGGUACUGAAUGCCUUGACAGAGGAAGAAAUGAAAAACCUGCAAAGCAGUAAAGACAAUUUGAAGGAAUUCGUCAAGGAUCACGUCAUUCGAGGACACAUGUGCUGCUCCAAUUUCCGUCUGCACGUCUUUGGGUUCCACAACGUGAGAACUAUUUCAGGAGUCGAGCUGGUUAUAAGGAAAACGGGAAGGCAUCUUACUGUUUCCUCUUCAGAUAUUCUCGAGUGUGACAUGGUUGGCACCAAUGGAGUCGUCCAUGCGAUCGGCGGAAUUUUAGGACAAGAACAAGAAACCGAAUACAAUGAAUAUGAUUUCUUUAAUAUGUUUCGCUGGUAGAAUCAUGUAAAAGUUUUAUUACAGUAAUGUAUAACUCAUUUAUGAUCAUUUAUACUUGUAUUCUACCUUGUACACGUGAAAUGAUUAUUUUAUGCUUUAUGACAAUGCUCUUCAUGAUAUGUUCUCUUUAAGAUACCAUGCCUGUACAUGAACAGUACUAAAAUUAUUUUGCUUUGCGCAUUACAAAUGCUUCAGAUGAAAGACGUGUAGAUCAAGAUUUUUUUUCACUUUAUUAACCAUCUUUAUUUGAAUACAAAGUAAAAUGUACUCAAUAAAACUACUGCAUAAAUGUG